GGGCCGCCCGGGCCGCCCGGUUCCUGGGUGCCCAAUGCCCAGGCUCCCCGGGGCCCCCGAAGCGAUGCCAGCGCCUGGCCGGGAGGUUCCCCGCAGCUGGGCCGCGCCCAGGGGCCCGCAGGGAGCGGCUUUGGGCGAGCUCUCCCUGCGGCCUGGGCGCCGGCACCCCUGCCUGCGGCGUUAGGGACCAGGCCUUAAGCGCCCCUCGGCCCGGGUGUGGGGGGGAUGCAGGGAGGCGCCUGGGAGGACUCCCAAAAGAGGCCGCGGGAGCUGGGCCUCCAAGAGGAGUCCUGGAAAGGAAGCAGUGCAGGGGCAAGGCCGGUGUCCCUGGGGCACGAAGAGGCAGGUUUGCCAGGCUGAAAAUACAGUGGUUGACACAGGCACAGUUCUAACUCGUGGAUCAUAAAGAAGUGGAUAGCGUUUGCACCAGACUUGCCACAUCCCUCGGAGCCCUCAAAGCAGGCCCUGCAUCCCUGACGGAGGCUCAUCAAUCACUUAUGAUCUUAAUUUUGGGUCUUGCACACCUGUGGGUCAUGCGUCAUCAGCUGUGGGUACCACCUGUCUCCCUCUGCACCCCCACCUGCCGGCCACGAAAAUACCGCAUUAGGGUGCACUGCAUGCAAGCAACAGAUGGCAUUCGUUCAAUUUCCAAUUACCAAAUGUAUGAGGAUGUUGUCUGCAAAGAGGACAGUUUUAUUUCUCCCUCUCCAAUCUGUGUGACUUACUUCUUUUCCUGACUUAUUGCACUGGCUGAAACUCUCAGCACUAAGUCGCGUGAGAGUGACACAACAGGACUCCGUGACUUUUCCCAGUCUCGGGGAAGGGCUCAGUCUUUCAUCACAUCUAUAUUCAUAAAAGAUUACUCGUCUGUUAAAAAAAAAGGAAGGAAGGGAGAAAGGAAAGGAAGAAGGAAGAAGGAAGGAAGGAAGGAAGGAGGGAAGGAAGGAAGAAAGAAAGAAGGAGCGAGCCAGGAAAAGCUUUCUGGCUACAGUCCUCUUCACUGAGACUGCAUCUACAGGACCCAGAGAGGAGAGGAAAAUCCAGGUGACACGGAGCCCACCUCCGCCUGGAGACGCUUUCACCCAGACGCCAGGGAACGGCCUGGGCGCCGUCCACUCUCCCCAGGAGCCUCCCGUGUGGGCUGCUCGGGUCCUCUCUGGGCCCAGCACGUCACACCUCCUCCUCCAGACCCCCAGGUCUUAGGUCAUGACUGACGAGCUUGUGCCGUUGGCUGGUGCUUUCCCGAGGCCGGCUCGGACUUCUCCGGAAUCGCCACUGCCCACAGAGCCUGCCGGUGGCUCCUACAGCACCUCCUCUCCCCCAAAAGGGCUCCCCCCACGCGGGGCUCUGACCACCUGCCUCCCAGCCCGGCUCGCCUCAGGCACACCUCACCUCCAGCCGCAUGGGGCACACCUGGGCGGUUCCCCGAUGGGGGCACACCCAGCAACCCCCCACAAAGCCCAGGCUGGAGGGCAUGCUCGGCGUUUUCUGGAACCCACUUCUCUGCUCACACCGAGACGUGUGGCCAGAGCCGAGGGGAGCCGAGCGUCGGAGAAGCGAGUCGGGACGAGAGCACAGCUCCCGCUGAACGCCUCCUGGCAGCGGGGCCCAGCAGCGACGACCCUCGUGGGUCGAGCUUGUCGAGCGCCUCCGAGCAGCCUCUCCCGGCCCCUCCUCAUAAUGUGGGUGACGUUAGCGUCCAAGUGCCACCCUCGCGGGGCAGUGGCCGCCAUGGACGGUGGGGAGUCAGACCCGGAAAAGCUGAGCUUUCCGCUCACUGCCAUCCUGUCUCCUCCAAACGUAAAGGAAGCAAUUUGGAAGGAGCGAGUUCCCUUCCCAAUCGCGGCGCCUUCAGAAGAGCAGAUGGCGCCGCAGAGGCCCGGAGGGGACCUCUCAGCAGAGAAACGGGACCUCACUGGGGGCAGCGGAGAGACGGGCUCCCAGUCGUUUGGCCCAGACCAAGGCUCUUCACAAGCUUCCCCAGCCCCCAGCAAACUGGCUAACUGCAGGCGUGGGCCAGCGGGUCUUUCCCGACCCCGGCGAGAGCGUGGCAGUCAGCACCCGGGCAGCCUGAGGUGGCCCGGCAGCAGGUGGACGUGCCCUGGACAACCAAAAGGGCGGAGAACGAUCUGGAUCCUGGACCAGGGAGCUCCCUGCUCAGUGCUCUCUGCCUGUGGGGGACAUCCACCAACCAGCUUCCAGGGGCCCACAGAACAUCUGAGUCCCCAUCUCCAUUCUGUGGCACACAGUGCUGAGGAACAGGGAGGCCCCCGCAGCUCUCUAGCACCAGCGCUCCCCACCACCCGCUCAGCUGGUCACAGCCUCCAUGCCGCGGGAUCUGGCCUCUCAGCACCUCCGGCCUCAUGUCCUUCAAGCAGGCUAAUGCACACUCCCCGCUGGUUGAUGGGCUUGGCGAGGAGGGACCUCGACUUUGGGGUGGCAUCCGUGGACCCCAGCACAUGGAAGGCACUCGCAAACCUUUGUGAAUGAACGAGCCAUCUCUCGGUUCCAAGGCUGGAAGCCUCUGACCAGGACACACUCUUGGCCACCAGCUGGAGCUGGUGUGGCUGCGGGGCCACAGGUCGAGCCAGGAGGGUCAUGGGCAGGGUGGCCCUGGGUGCCGUGAUGAUAGACUGCCCUGCCCCACAGCAGCCGUGGACCCUGGCCCUGGCUGCCUGCCCACCGCCGACCCAGGUCCCUCAAGUGCCUUGCUUGGCCGGAUGUCCAGUAGGCUUUGGACAGAGCCGUCCAGGCUUGGGACUGGACCCGCCCCACACCCACACCCACACCCAGAACAAGGUCACUGCUACACCAGGACAGGGACAGAGGGAGGGGCUCUCUAAGCAGCACUCUCAGGACCUGUGGCCCAGCCAGGAGCUGGAGCCCUUGGCCAACACAAGGACCCGCAGAGGUGGCCUGGGUGGGCUGCCUUCGCCAGCAGCUGGUGCCCAGGACUGCCAGGGGCAUGAGAACCUGAGCCCCUGAGCAGCCCCAGCACAGAGCACGUGCCAGGAAAUGGCUGGCAGGUGCCUGCAGCCAGCCCCCUCUGGGCUCAGGGGUGCCCCUCCUUCUGCGGGGUUCGGCAUGCCCCCACUUCCCACUCCAGGCUGGGGUUGGAGAGCACCCGCCCGGCAUCCCACCCUACUCAGAUAUGCUGACCCCACCCUGCAGCUUAGCUCUUUCCUGGUGGCCCACCUUCAGAUCCAUUUAGGCCGGUGGUUCUUAUCUGGGGCGUUUGGCAAUCAGCGUUGGGGGGACAGUUGCUACUGGCAUGUAGUGGGUAGAGGCCAGGGGCACCACUAAAGCUCCCACGGUGCACCAGGCGGCCCCCACCAUUGUCCACCCCGCUGACAGUGGUGCCAGGUUAAAGCACCAUGGUUUGGGUUAAGAUUCUCUCCGCAUGUUAGCCACUCACACCUUAGCGUGAAAUAGCUCCUCAGCAUACCCAGACCAAGGGAUAAGAAUUUUCGUGGGAAGGAGGAGGGAGUCUGCACACUGGGAAGGAGGACAAGCCCCCGAAGGACCUGGGCAGGCAGGCCCCAGAUGAGGGCUCCUCGCCAAGCUCAGCGCUGGGUUCGACAAUGCAAUCAUAGGUUCUCCACGUUACGUUCCAUCCUGAUGAGAAAUGCUACUUUUGCAUCACUACAGAGCAACAGAACCAGGAUUUCCAUUUCACAGUUCAUCCGCUUGACUAGACGUGUGACUCGGGACAGUCGCCGAGGCUCUCGGCACCUCGUCCCGGCCCCUGUCAAACGGGGGUAGGAUAUGCCACAGUCGGGGUUCACGAUGCAACCGAACAGCCCCCAGCACGGCGCAAGCAUCGUCGAAGCAUCACAGUAAAAGUAAACA